AUGGGUGUUCGCAAUGAGUUUGCCCUCAAUCCCAAGCCUUUUCUGAAUGGACUGACAGGAAAGCCAGUGACGGUGAGACUUAAGUGGGGCAUGGAGUACAAGGACUACCUGGUCUCCAUUGAUGGCUACAUGGACACGCAGCUUGCAAAUACAGAAGAAUACAUAGAUGGGGCAUUAUCUGGACAUCUGGGUGAAGUUCUAAUAAGGUAUAGUAAUGUCCUCUAUGUCAGAGGCAUUGAAGAGGAGGAGGAAGAUGGGGAAAUGAGAGAAUAACAUCUUGGGGAAAUAUAUAUAUGUAUAUAUAUAUAUUUUUUUCUAUACAGUAAAGACUUGUGUUUUUUCUUUUUCAAAAA